UGUUGCUACCAACUGGGUUUUUUUGGUUGAACGGCGUGCAUUUAAAAAUUUUGAUUUCAGUCAACGUGCGAACGCGAACCGAAAAAGUUCAAGCAAUCAGCAUCAACGAAAUAAAGAAAGACUUGCAGCUUUGAACAUAACUUUGAUUUCUUGCUGAAUGAAGUGGUCGUCGACCAGCGCCACCAACGCCAGCCAUCACCAGCAAAAACGCUGAAAAUUGCCAUAAAUGCCGCUGCAGCUACCCAAAACAGCUAUUCGACCCGCAGACCCAGAUGAAUGCCCCACUGAAAAUGCUGUACCACACCAAAAGUGCUACAUUUUCCGCUGCUUUUAGUAUUUUGCUAAUAUGCUGUUGUUUUUUACCCAGCGCCGAGCCACUUGUUGUGCCCCAGGAGCUGCCCUCCAUUCUAUCAUUAAUCUACUCCAAUAUUCCACCCAUUAAAAAAGGUACCGACUCUCGCCUUGGUUUCGGCUUUCGUCUCGGCAACCACGCGGACUUCCAGGUCCUACUCGAGCUAGGACCGCAGAAGAACACACGCCCAAUUGGCGAGAAUGCUGAUUCGGAGAAUACCUUCAACAAACGACAAGUGAGCAAAGCGCAUCGCGACUAUCUGCUGCGCAAGCAAGCACAAGAAGCGCUCAAGCAGCUCACCAGUAGCACCACGGCUACAAUUACAACAAGUGAAGCUACAGGCGGUAGUUGGUUGGAAAAUUGGUCAAAAGCUAUGAACACAAACAGGAAUAGCCACAAAGAGGAUACCGGCAUGGACAUUGCAAUGAAUAAAAAGAAAUCGACCCCAAAAUUCACACAGAGUGUAAACAAAAAGCAGCAGCAGCAAUCGGAGAAGUUGAGUCCAACAUUGGCCACGGUAAAUAAGUCAAUGAUGCAGCUGCAAAUGCUCUACCAAAUGGCCACCACUACCACUACCAGUACAACAACAGGAACACCAAUGGAUGCCGAUUCAGGCACUGGGUCGCCAAUGACGAUUAUCACAACGGUGCCACAGUUUCAGAGGCUGCCUGCACCGAUUGCCCCAAAUAAAGGUGGGCCAUUGAGCUUGGGUGGCCCAACAGGCUUUACCCCACGUCCGCCUGAGGAAUUGGCAUUGCAAAUAAUAUCUGAGCUGCAAGGUGAGAAGAAAUCGAAGAGUGAAAUUACAAAGGAAUUGAUGAAUGUGAGUCUUGAGGAGGGCGAGUAAUACAUUUGCAACGACGGUUUUAACUCAGU